GCUUCGCGAAAUAGCUUGGAGCUGUAGUUAGACCCUUCUCGGAGCUAUUAUGUUGCAGGAGAUCUGCCAAACUCUUAUCAAGUGGAAGAAGACUGGUCGGCGAGGAACUAUUAUCAAACCGAGGCUUUAAUGAAGAAAUUGCUAUGUGAGGAGAUGUCCAAACAAUACAACUCCAGACACAAUUCACCUAGUAUUGUUGCCAGAUUAAUGGGGAUGGAUCUGUUGCCAUCUGAUAUAAAAUCUGUAGCUCAAUUGGUUACGAAGAAGAGUGAUAACCGGCGAGUCGAGCUUUCUGGAAGGGAGAAAAAUGUCAAGGGAUCUAACUCAUAUUUCUUGAAACAAAUGGAAGUUGACUCUGUAUACAGUACAAGAGACAGAGAUGCUGAGAUAUGGAACACCGACCUUAAGUUCAGAAAGCCUAGGCAUCGGGAACAUCCUCAGGAGGAAGAAUUGCAAAGGUUUAAGAAAGAAUUCGAGGCAUGGCAAGUGCCAGGCUUAGGGAAUGUACAAAGGUUGUUGAUGUUGGAAGCAUUUCAAAUCAUCAAUUCACUCGAGAGCAAUCGAACAACGAAAGGAAGACACAUUAUGUGGAUUCAGUACAAGCGAUGCAUGAGAAGCUUUUGGAAUCCAAGAGGCUUGCGAAGCAUAAAUAAAGAUUUUUGUGUACCUUCCACGACGGACUACAAUGAGAAGUCAGAUGCUGCUCCCACAAGAAUAGUAAUCUUGAAGCCUGGACCUGAUGGGAUUUAUGAUCAUGAAGAAUCAUGGACCUCUUCACCUAGCACUUUCCAAGAGAGAGCUAGUAUGGAGGAUUUUCUUGAAGAGGUAAGGGAACGACUAAAAUCGGAAUUGCAAGGAAAAACUCUUAAUUGA